UUCCUUCCUCCUCCUUUCCGGCUCCUAAGCUGCCAUGGCGGCCCGCGUGGGGCUGGUGACCCGGCUGCCUCUUUGCCCCCAGGGAAGAGCUCGGUUCCUUGACUCUCUCUGCCGGCAUCUCAGUAAUUCCGGAACUGCCAUCCUCAGACGAGAAGAGGCGACUGCAGUUUGCGUGGAGCUAGACUUACAAGAAACGACCAAGAAAAAGACUUUCUCUGAGGUGCAAAAGGAAAGACGUGAGCAGGCGCAAAGGUCCAUUUUGAUAAGCUGUCCCAAGAAAAUCCCUGAGAAAAAACUGCUGAAGCAUUUGUGUCGGCAUGGAGACAUCACUAAUCAUUUCUUCUUCGAAAGUUUUGGUCUUCAUGCUGUUAUAGAGUUUUCCAAAAAGGAAAGUAUAGCUUCACUACAGGAUGCAUCUUUUAUCCCUCGUGGAGAAACAGAGUUUCCUAUUCCAUUUAAAUCUCGUUUUUUUCAUCUAAACUUGAAGAAUCCAUCAAACCAAACUUCAGAUGUACAAUGUAGUAACCAAUCUAGCCCUUUGAAUGCAAAUAUUAUCAAGGCACUUUGUAAUGCAGAAAGUGUAGAAAGCCAAAUAAAUACUCUGAUGAAAAUAUUACAACUAACAGAGGAGAAUAUUAGGCUUCGAUAUCUUACCUGCUCUCUUAUUGAAGAUAUUGCAGCGGCAUAUUUUCCAUCUUGUACCAUCAAACCAUUUGGCUCAUCAGUAAAUACUUUUGGGAAACUAGGAUGUGAUUUGGACAUGUUUUUGGACCUGGAUGACAUUGGGAAAAACAGUACUACAAAGACAGAAGGAUCAUUUUUAAUGGAAUAUCAGGUGAAAAAUGUCCCUUCUGAAAGAUGGGCAACACAGAAGAUUCUGGCUGUGAUUGGAGAAUGCCUGGACAACUUUGGCCCAGGUUGUGUCAGUGUGCAGAAGAUACUGAAUGCUCGUUGUCCAUUGGUGAGAUUCUCUCAUCAGGCUUCUGGUUUUCAGUGUGAUUUGACUGCUAACAAUAGGAUUGCUAUGAAAAGUUCAGAACUUCUAUAUAUAUAUGGCUCCCUGGAUUCUCGAGUAAGAGCUCUGGCCUUCAGUAUAAGAUGCUGGGCCCGUCAACAGUCAUUGACAAGUAGUAUUCCUGGUUCCUGGCUAACAAAUUUCUCCCUUACAAUCAUGGUCAUCUUUUUUCUUCAGAAAAGAUCUCCUCCAGUCAUUCCUUCUCUAGACUAUCUAAAAAAUCUAGCAGAUGUAAAAGACAAAUGUAUAAUAGAUAGCAAUGACUGCACAUUUGUUAGUAACUUGGACAGAAUUCAACCUUCAGAAAACACAGAAACAGUAGAUACCUUACUCUGUCAGUUUUUUGAAUAUUUUGGAAAUUUUCCUUUUAAUAAGAAUUCUAUAAAUAUUCGAAAGGGAAAGGAACAAAACAAGCCUGACUCCUCUCCUAUACACAUUCAAAAUCCCUUUGAAAUCUCCCUUAACAUCAGCAGAAAUGUUAAUGAAAGUCAGCUGGAAAGAUUUGUACAUCUGGCCAGAGAAAGUGCUUGGAUUUUACAAGAGAACAAAGGUCAAUCUUCAAAACCAAGUACUGAGCCUUGGGGGCUGGCAGCCCUGCUGCUACCAUCUGUACCGAACAAAUCCAAAGCCAAGAAGGCAGGGAGAGGACAAACAAGUGAAGCGGUCAAAAAGUUGUUAGAGUCCAUAAAAGCCGAAUCUACAAAAGAUCCCAGAGCUACCAGGGAGAAAACAACGAUUAGUACUCAGUCGUGAGGCCUAUUUGCUUUCUUUUAAGAAUUGAUUAUGUUCAAUAAAAAUGCACUUGAAAUACAGUGGAAAAACUGA